AUCACGCAGCUUAUUCAAGGCCAAUAAUAAUAUUUUAUUAUUAUAUUGUUUUAAGUGGGUUCAAUAAUGAUGCUUCCCUUUGAAAGAUAGUGGUUACUUCGCCGGAAAAAAAAAACAAAUGCGAUAUAAUAUACAGCAGAUAUUGUAAGCCUCUAACAAGAAAUUAAUUUGUUCCAACAUGAAGAUAAUAGAUCCAACAAGCGGCUAAAAGAAACAGACAAAUAAUUUGGAUUUCUUGAAAAAAAAUUCUGGAAAAAAAUCUAUAAAACGAAAAUUAUACAAGCAAAUUUAUUAAACGAAAACAAGCAAUUCACGAGGUCGGAGAUCGGAGGUUAAACGUCGGAGGUCACCCUCUAUAUGGAAAAUUAUACAAAGAAAACAAAAGAAAACGAGAGAAAGAAAGAAAGGGACGAGAUAUAAGUCGACGGCGGCCGGAGAGAAGCGAGUGGUCGGAGUUAAUGGGCUAAUUUUCACAGUCGGUUGUCGCCGACGAGGUGAGUGCGGCGCCUCCCUUGCUGUUGUUGUUGAAGUUCUAGGGCUAGAAGGGAGAGAGAGAGGGGUGGGUGGGGAAAUGAAUGGGGGAAAGAGAAUGGGAAACCUUGGGGGUGGGUGGGUAAUCAGUUUAGAGCCUUUUGGGGUGAACCUAAAAAUAAAAAGGGGUAAAGGGAAUCACGAAAAUGGUCUAACAAACAACAACAAAGGGUUUCAUACCAGCCCAUUCUCAUUCCCUUUCCUGAAUACCCCCAACCAAACGCCCCCUAAGUGUUUUGGUGAUCUUUACUCAUUCCCCCCCCCCUUGCUGGAAACAAGUGACAAACUACAGUAUAGCUUAUUGUCUAUUGCCACUGUUGUUUCUUUAAUGACCAACAGUCCAACAUCCAAUAUGACAACUUCAUAUGUUAACUUUUAUCCGGAUGGUCAUGGUCUAAUUGCUCUUAUUUUGUGAAACUUUCAUGUUGUUAAUAAUAUAUGGCUUGAGCCCUUUCUUGGGAGGUUAGUUAUUUUGUAACCUUAUUUUCUUUUGCUGAUAUAUUUUCCACUUUUUACGGGAAAGCUUGCAAAGUUGCAAUUUUUUAAAGAAUAUGAUUUAACAAUGACGAUAGUUAGAACUCAGACGUUAAUUUCCAAAAAAAAAAGACACAUUUGUCUCUUUGAAUAAAAACUCAUCUAUAGCUUGUGAGUUUCUAUCGGUGCAAAUCAACUUAUCUUAUCUACUACGAAGUCUUUUCUUACAAACUUGUCCUGCUAUUUAUACAACUGUAAUUACUUUUGAAAUUUGUCAAUUCAUGGUGGGUGCCCGGAGCCAUAUAAGUUUGAACGGACAGUAUUAUAAGGAAUUAGUUGUUUAAUAUCUAAAUUUAAUUUGGAACUCUCGACUCUUUAUGGUUACACCAUUCAUCAAUUUUGAUUCUUAGUUUUAAUAUUUUUACAGAGACGCAUCAAUCUGGUGAAAAUUCAUGGUUAUGGUUAGUAUUGUCAUAUACUGGAGUUCACAUUAUUAUGCAUCAAUAAUUCUUUGAUUUCCAAUGAACCUAAGAGAAAAGGUCUUGCAUAAAAUUAAAAAUAGUUGUCUGUUUAAGCAUGAAACAGAAAAUUAGAAUCUCAAAUGUUAAAGAUAAGAAGGAAUGACAAAGUUUCCUAGGAGAAUAUUCAUAUCGGCGCAGUUGAAAGAAACAAAACACAAGCUUUGUUCUGAUCAGACUUUCAGUUCUGAUCAGUUUCAGACUUUCAGUUCUGAUCAGUUCAAGCUUUGUUCUGAUCAGACUUUCAGUUCUGAUCAGUUUCAGACUUUCAGUUCUGAUCAACUCAAGCUUUGUUCUGAUUAGACUUUCAGUUCUGAUCAGUUUUAGACUUUUAGUUCUGAUCAGAUGCAAGCUUCUGUUUUUGUUUUGAGCUAUGUGUACGUUUAUCUGACACAACAUAGCAGAACACACACACACACACCUGAAAUACACACAACACACUCAAACACACAGCACAGGUAACACAGACAGCAGAACACACACACAACAGAACACACGCAGCCAUUCUAUUGCAUGUUAGUUCUGGUCAAAGUUGUACAACAGAGGAAGGAGACAUUCCUUUUGGAAUUGAGGACUUGCUAUAUCAUGUAAAAAAGGCUGAAGAAGAUAAGUUCCAUCUAGAUUUUGGAGCCCUUAAAGAGUAUUUUCCUCUUGUCUUUGAUUUGAGCUCUUCUGAACUUAUGGGCUAUGCGUACUUCGAUCUCUACUCCAGGUUCUGCAACUAUCUCUCUUUCUGCUGACCUUAUCCUAAUUGUACUUAACAAACUGUCUGACAACAAUGUCAUUAAUCCAAGAAAGGAAAAUAUGGCCAGACUUGUGUUUCGCCUCUCCAAAAUGGUUCAUUAUCAGCAAAUGUUGCUAGACAGGUGAUAUGCAUAGGUCUUCUCAUUUAAAAAUUUGAUAUAUGCGUGUUAUGCGAAUUCCACAUUCUUUAUUGGAUUUUCACCGUGCAUCAUCAUUCUAUACUCAGGUUCCAGUUGUUCUACUGAUGUCUGAUAUUUUAAAGGGGGAUGUUAACUGUCCUGCAUUACUGCGAUUCUCUGAAGUUGUUAGUCUUUUCCAUGAAUUUGGCCAUGUGUCAUUGGCUCGCAUGAACAAGAAGGACUCGUGGCUGUUUUUGUGGAGCCUUUAUCUUACCGUUUUCCCGUCACUAAGUGGAGAUCCUUUCACCGAUGAGCAAAUUGAUGAAAUACGAGACAAAUGGGCAUCAUACUUCACCGAACAUUUUUUGUAGAUAAUUAACACUUCAUCGGUCUCUUUUUUUGGAUGUUUCCUGCUAUUGAAAUUAUAUAUAAUUGUUUUAUUAUAUUUUUGGUGUGAAUUUGUAACGUACGAAGUGUAAAAGAUAUAGUUAUGAUCAACUUGAAACUAUUUAGGUGGUUUAUUUUUGUAAACAUAUGAUGGUGGUAUUAUAUGUAAAAAUCAAAGUUUCUUGGAAGUUAUUGGUGGUUGAUGAUACUUUUGGACAUUGUAUAAAUGUGGCGUGAGUACAGGUUCUACAUUUGGGGUUUGUUGAAUACAGAAAAGAAAUUAUUUAUAAAAAAAAUAUUACACAUUA